AUGCUCCUCGUGAAGGAAAACGUCGCCGUUUCUCUCCAAGAUCUCACGGCUGCCAUCACGUGCUUCCCGAACCUCUCUCAUCUGCACCUCAGCGACAACAGCGUUGAGACCAUCAGCGACGCAUUUCUCGAUUUUCUCGCUUCUGCGUGCCCUAAACUGGUGUCGCUGCACGUGGGGAGAGAGAUCACGCUGACGGCGGAAUAUGAGCCUGAGGAGAUGAACCUGGUGACCGAGGCUGGUUUGGACCGCUUCCUGCGUCGCUGCACUCAGCUGCAGCACCUCUCGCUCUACUGCCUGCAUUGCUACUGCAAGCUGCCGGAUUCUCUCUCGCUCCUUACGAAUCUACACACCCUCGCUCUCACCGAAGCCUCACCUCUCGAGGCUCCAGGGUUCACGAGAUUGACUUCUCUUACCGCGCUCUCCGUCGACAUGAUUCCACAGCCGGAAGGUCUGAAAUUCGCGAGCCUCACGCAUCUCCCGGCGUUCACCACCCUCGCAUUGUUCAACUACGCAUGGCUGAAAUUAGAAGUCGCCGGCUCUCAACCAUUCUCAUUCGCCCAGCUGCCCUGGCUGAAAGCGGUGGAGUUCGACGCGUUCAGUCCGCGAUUCGAGUCGAUGUUUCCCUCGGGAGUCUCCUUCAGCCGUCUCGAGCGGCUGCUUCUUAAAGGUAGCAGUGUCAGCGUGGUGGCACGUCUUCCUGAUGACAUUGGACAGCGGUUGCCACGCCUUCGGCAUCUGAGCUUGUGGGGAUGGAAUAAUGUUCCCGAGCUGCCCGAACAGUUCGCUUCACUAAGCUGCCUGCGUGACCUGACUAUUUUCUCAUGCGACAUUGUCAGCCUGCCCGAAAACUUUGGAGAGCUGCCCGCUUUGAAAGCGCUGACGCUGAACAGCCUGCCGAUUACGAGUCUCCCAGAUUCAUUCUACCAGCUGACGUCUCUGGAAACCCUCCACCUCUCUUACUGCAACGCUAUCUUUGAGCUGCCUGCAAGGUUCGGUUUCCUCACCGCACUCAACUCCCUCUGCAUCCUCAACUCGCCAAACCUGAAGCUCCCAGACGACAUCGGCUCACUCACCAACCUCCACACCUUCCGUCUGAGAGAGAAUUCCCCCCAGCAGCUGCUUCCAUCCUCGUUCACGCAGCUGGCCUCCCUCACAUGGCUCGAGCUUACCCAGUGUAUGCUAGAAGAGCUUCCAGAAGACUUGGGGAAGCUGAGGAACCUGCGGGAUUUGACCGUCCAGUCCUGCUCCAAGAUUCAGCAGCUUCCAGAUUCUCUCACUGACCUUGUCAACUUAAAUGUUCUGAAAGCUAUAGACUUCGAUAGCCUUACUGCAAUCCCCACCAGCUUGAGCAACCUUAGAAGGCUCAAAGAGUUAGUUCUAGCCAAGCGGCUCACCCCUCUGCUGGAGCUUCCUUCUCUGCCCAGGCUGAGAAGAAUGAGCUUAACUUGUGUUGGGCACAUGCGGGAACUGGCUCAAGGCAUGACCCUCCCUUCACUGGAGCACUUGGAGCUAACGUUAGCUGGAGAGGCAGAGGACCUUCCAUUGCCUCUGGAACUUCUUACCAACCUCUGCAGCUUGACACUCCACAGCACUGGUUGCAUGGAGAAGCUUCCUGAAGGGUUUGGUUCGGCAUUGCGGCAGCUGAGGCGGUUGCAGAUAGAGGGUGCUGCAGAACUAGUGGAGCUGUCAGAUAGUUUCACCGACCUUCAAUCGCUGACAUCCGUAGAGAUCCAUGCACCUAAGCUUGCCUUCCUUCCGCACGGCAUGGGGGCGUUAUCUCGACUGCACCAGCUGAAUCUUGAUAAGUGCUCAUCGCUCACCCACCUCCCUGCUUCUCUCACCCAGCUUUCCUACCUUCAUGCGUUGAACCUCCGCCGCACGCGCAUACGCUCCCUGCCUUCCAACUUUGGACAACUGAGCCGGCUCAAAGGGCUCAAUCUGGAUGGCUGCAGGCAGCUGGCUUCUCUGCCCGAGGACCUCUCCCAACUGAAGAUGCUUCUCAGCUUGACUCAUGAAUGCUGUGACGAACUUGAAGCACAAUUUGAAGCUCAAGCUAUGGAAAGAAUGUAUGGGCUGUCUGCAUACCACUCGUAA